AUGAUCCUAGAAGCCGUCACUGACCACCGCCUCUGGAUCCGGCAUGCCUACUUUGGUGUAGCCAGGUCGGACAACGACAUCAACGUCCCUCAACUCGUCCACCCUAUUCGCCGAUCAGUGCAGGGGUCGCGGUCCGGCCAUUCAGUUCACGCCAACGGCCGCACACAUUAUAUGGGACGAUCACUGCACUGCCCAAUUGGUGAGAGGAGAGUCUUGUUUGCGGCAAAGCAGGAGUCCGCACGGAAGGAUGUGGAGCGGGCUUUUGGGGUGCUCCAAUCGCGGUGGGCAUUCGUGAAAGGUCCGGCGCGUUUCUGGUACAAGGAAGUCAUCGCCGACGUCAUGUAUGCGUGUAUCAUCAUGCAUAACAUGAUAGUCGAACAAGAACGUGGCCAUGUCACCAAUUGGGUGGAUGAUGAAGCCGGAUCUAGCUCCAGCACGGCGACCUCGCCGGUCACUCGAGGAUUACCGACUGGCUUCGGUGCGGUUCUAGAGCGACAGGCCUCAAUGCGCAACCAACAAGACCAUACUCAGCUCAUGACCGACAUGAUUGAAGAAGUUUGGACCCGCAACCGCCGCCGUUGA